AUGGAUGGGCUCGACGAUGAUUUUAAAGGUUUUGGUGAAGGUUUCGAUGGAUUUCCCAAACGACUUCCGGAAGAUUGUGUGGAAUACUCGCUCUAUAUUGUCAACUCCAAGUUGAAGUCACAAAAGGAUUUACUCGGCAGAUUGGAGGAUGUGCGAAAAGAGUCUUUGGCUCUUUUGAAGGAUCUUACUAAAGACUAUAUAUGGCAACGGGAUAGCUUCAGGCUGGAGGUAAAGACUGAGAAGGCAGGCUUGAUAUACCUUAACGGGAUUACAAAUUAUGGAGAUUCUGUCGGAGACGAAUGGCUUAUUGUGUAUAUACUUAAAGAAUUGAGCAGUCGAUUUCCUACAUUAUGGAUCAAAGUUGUGGACUCUGAUGGCGAGUUUCUUUUAAUUGAAGCUGCCAAUGCUCUCCCGAAAUGGUUGAAUCCUGAAAUCGCAGAUAAUAGGCAGGUAUGGAUUCAUAAUAAUGCCCUUCACAUUAUACCGUUGCGUGCAGUCACUGAUUCCUCAAUCAAAUCCCCUACUGCCCCAGUAUCUCGAUCACUUACCUUAGAAGAAGCCCACAGAACCAUAUCUUCAACUCCAGAAAUACUCAUACGCUCACCCCUUAUCGAAGCAGAAGCAUUCUAUCGUUUGCGAAGCUACCCAGCUCAAAUCGCAGCAUCGCUUCACCAUGCUCGUAUCACAAUACCGCGCAAACUUGCCUAUAUACUUCAUCUGCUUCCUACUUCUAUAGCCCCGGCAGUCGAAGCAUUCUACCUUCGAGAUCCAAUUGCGCUUAAGCCGCUUCAAUCAGCUUCAUCCAAUCUUGUCUUCCCACCAAAGGAUUUAGUCACCAUCUCAACUCGAUUUACUAAAGUACUCUAUGCUCAACUGAAGUCGCAACAGUUUUCUGCGCCAUCUGCAUGGAAAGAUAUCUUAACGCUGCCCAAGGACGACGCACUUGUGGAAGAUUUCACGAAACUGGAGAUGGGAAUGAAGGUCACCUCCGGCUUCGAAAUGCUAGUCACAGAUCCUAAAAACCGCGAUCAUCGAUCCGUUAGAGAGAUUAACAUACUUCUGGAAGAUCUUGAUGGAGAUGAUUCUAACCUUCCAAAUGACGAGGAGAUAUCGACGUGGAAGGAAAAUAUGAGAGAUGACGAUGAAAAAUGGCUCGACAUCAAUUUUGAAGAUUUCGAAAGGGAACUAGACGGAAAAAAUAAGGAAAAGAAGCCGGCUGGAAUUCCUGGAGCUUUUGGACCGGAGCCACCCUCGGGGUUCGGCGAUGCAAAGACCGAGGCCGAUUUGAAGAAAAUGGUGGAGCGAUUUGAAGCUUUCCUUAAUGAUGAUGAUGCCGGACCUGACGGUGCUGAAAUGGAUGAUAUGGACGUUGAUGACGAUGACGAUGACGAUUAUGAUGAUGACGACGAUGAAGAUAGUGAAGAGGACAAAGACGUCAGUUUCGACGAAGUGGAGUUCGCAAAGAUGAUGAGAGAAAUGAUGGGAAUGCCAACGGAUGACAUACAGGAAUCGGCAUCCCCAGCCCAGCAAGAAAUAUCUCGCAGGAUUGAGGAGGUCGAUAGCGAGGAUGAAGGUGGAGAAGAUGAUGAAGCGGAAGCAAUUCAAAAGGUGAUGAAGAGAAUGGAAGCUGAGCUGAAUGAAGCCGGAGCCCUCAAUUUAGAUCCUACCCCAAGUAAAAUUGCAGCUCUUUCCGGAAGGAAGACGGGCAGGGGAAAGGAUAAGGAACAGGAACAAGUACAAGAGAAAAUGGAUGAAGAUGAGGAAGGCGAAGAAGAAGAAAGUGACCAGGAAUUGGAUAUAGAUUUCAAUCUGGCGAAAAAUCUAUUGGAAAGUUUCAAAAGUCAAGCGGGGAUGGCGGGACCCGGGUCCAAUCUUCUCGGCAUGAUGGGCAUGAAGCUACCUCGCGAUGAAGACGACGAGGGAAGAAGUCGAGGGAAAAGGCCUGAUAAGCUUCAAUUUUCCUCGACCAAAUCCUCGAUGCCAAUUUUCCGCCUCUUGGCACCCUCGACCUCCGGUGGUACAGAUGAGCUCGGGCUUCGCGCUCUCUUGAGAAUAUCAUUGACUGCAAUAUCCACCUUUUCAAGCUCUGACAAGGCUGCUGUUAAAUUCCUCCUGUUUUCUAAUUCGCGUCUACUGCUGUCGCUUUGUGGUCGGUAG